CUUACUAUGACCAUGACCUUAAACCUUUGACAUAAUAGCAACAUCAUCUUUGUGAAUAAAACCUGUUUUCCACACGGUAUGGUCCACCAAAUAAUAUUCUUGAAGUGGGUACAACUUGUUGAUACCCACUGAAAUCUGUUAACUUUAUAAAACUUGCUAAAGUCAUCCUCAUAACUUUAUUUAUAAAAAAAAACUCAUUGAAAUAAAUAUUUUGAGAAUCAAAUAUUAAGAGAGGAUUUUUCAUAUUAAUCUGUUUGUUUUGCUGAUCUUGCAUUUAAGUUAAAAUAUCUGAUAUUACAUAUAAAAUAAUAUGUUUUUAUCAAAAAAACUCUAUGUUAUUAAUAUUCAAAAUGAAAUAUGAGAGUAAUACCACAAAAAUAUUAAGUUUUAUAAUCAUACUAUUAAAAUUUUAAAUAUUUAAUUAUUAUUUUAGGUCAGUAACUUAACAUGGAACACAGAGAAUCCAGAACUAACGCCAUGUGUUCAGAAAACAGUUCUUGUUUGGAUACCAUGCAUUUACCUUUGGGUGGCAGCCUUUCUCGACCUCUACUACAUAUUGCACAGCAAAGAGAAAAAUAUACCAUGGAAUAUGUUGAAUAUUACCAAAUUAGUUGUCAACUGUCUCUUAAUAGUGGUUAAAUUUGUGGAUUUAGGUGUAACAGUACAUAAUUCCUCCCAGAAAGACAAGGUUGUGUCUAAUGCAGAUUAUUAUAGUCCCAUUAUAAAAAUAUUAACUUUUGGUUUAUCAGCAACGUUACUUUAUUACAAUAGAAAAUAUGGCAUGAGGGCAUCAGGGGUGCUGUUCUUCUUUUGGUUACUUUUAAUUCUGGCAGGACUACCGCAACUCAGAACUGAAAUAGUCCAACAUUAUGAGAAAGCGGAUGACGAGAAUGUCCAAUAUAAUUUCGUUAGUUAUAUGGUUUAUUAUCCAUUGAUCGCUUUAAUGUUUAUAUUGAAUUGUUUCGCCGAUUUGCCGCCUAAAGACACGCCUUAUAAGUACGAAAAGAACCAAUGCCCAGAGAAUGCGUCGGGAUUUCCUAGCAGGCUAACGUUCAGUUGGUUCGACCCUCUCGCUUUAACGGGCUUUCGACGUGACUUGACCGAAAAUGACCUUUGGGCCCUGAACCCUCAGGAUUCCUCUAAAGAAGUAGUGCCUAGAUUCGACAAAUUUUGGGAGAGAUCACUCAAAAAACGAGCAAAUUCCAGUGGUGCUAAAGCGACUUACAGCAAAACUUCAGCCAGUGUUAACUUCAAGCCGGAAAAUGAGCGGAAGCCCGCCUCUAUAUUACCGGCGUUAUGCCUCGCGUUCGGGGGGCAAUUCUUGUUCGGUGCUCUCCUGAAACUGUUUAAUGACACCUUGAUGUUUCUUUCGCCGCAGCUUCUAAAACUUCUUAUAAAUUUUGUACAAAGCAAAGAGCCUUUAUGGAAAGGGCACUUGUACGCAGUCGCUUUGUUGGCCUGUGCUACUGUUCAGACCAUGCUGUUGGCGCAUUAUUUCACUAGAAUGUACUUAGUGGGCAUGAGAAUAAGGACCGCUCUCACAAGCGCCAUCUAUAGGAAAUCCCUGCGUAUGUCAAACGCAGCUAGAAAGGAAUCCACGGUCGGUGAAAUCGUCAACUUGAUGUCAGUGGAUGCACAAAGAUUUCUCGAAUUGACGGCAUAUUUGAACAUGAUAUGGUCGGCACCGCUCCAAAUAGCUUUGGCUCUCUACUUUCUGUGGGGCAUUUUAGGCCCAUCCGUACUCGCCGGCCUUGCUGUCAUGAUAAUACUCAUUCCCGUCAACGGUCUCAUCGCUAACAGAGUUAAAACACUGCAGAUCAAACAAAUGAAAUAUAAAGACGAAAGGGUUAAACUUAUGAACGAAGUACUUAAUGGAAUUAAGGUUCUUAAAAUGUACGCAUGGGAGCCUAGUUUUGAAGAUCAAGUUCUGAAGAUAAGAAAUAAAGAAAUGCAUGUCUUAAAGCAAACAGCUUACCUCAAUUCGGCCACUUCAUUUAUUUGGUCCUGUGCACCUUUCUUGGUGUCCCUGAUGUCAUUCGGAUGCUUUGUAUUGGUAAACGAUACAAAAGUGUUGGACGCUAAGACGGCUUUCGUAGCGUUGUCUCUUUUCAACAUACUACGUUUCCCACUCUCAAUGCUGCCUAAUGUUAUAUCGAACGUAGUACAAACUUCAGUUGGUAUAAAGAGAUUGAAUAAAUUUAUGAAUUGUGAAGAACUGGACGAAAAUGCUGUGGAACACGACCUUAAAGAACCAAAUCCGCUAGUAAUCGAGAAUGGUCAUUUCUCUUGGGGUGAGAAGGAUUCGGAGCCCGUUUUGAAGAAUAUCAACUUGCAUGUACCUCGAGGGUCACUGGUAGCUGUGGUCGGCGCAGUGGGUUCAGGGAAGAGUUCUCUGCUCUCCGCUCUCUUAGGCGAGAUGAAUAAAGUAUCCGGCCGUAUCAACACCACAGGUGAAAUCGCCUAUGUGCCACAGCAAGCGUGGAUCCAGAAUGCCACAUUGCAAGAUAACAUAUUGUUCGGUAAAGAAUUGGACAAGCAGCGGUACAACAAUGUGAUUAACGUCUGCGCCUUGAAACCUGACUUUGAAGUCUUGCCUGGGGGCGAUCAGACUGAGAUUGGCGAAAAAGGUAUCAACUUAUCUGGUGGUCAAAAACAGCGAGUGUCACUUGCUAGAGCGGUGUACUUUGACGCCGACAAUUACUUCUUGGAUGACCCGCUCAGUGCUGUGGACUCGCAUGUUGGAAAACACAUUUUUGAGAAGGUGAUCGGCCCCAAUGGACUACUCAAGUCGAAAACACGCGUUUGGGUGACGCAUAGCGUGUCUUAUUUAGCACAAACGGACCUCGUACUCGUGUUGCGUGACGGCGAAAUAUCCGAAGCUGGUACUUAUCAGCAGUUGUUGGAGAAAAAGGGAGCAUUCGCUGAAUUUCUAUUGCACCAUCUCAGUGACGCCGAGAGGACUUCUCCUGAAGAAUUGGACGCAAUCAAAGAACAGCUCGAGACAAAACUUGGCACUGAAUUCCAAACAAAAUUACAGAGAGCGAGAUCAUUAUCAGAAAGUAAUUCGGAAACUGAACCGGCUAGUUCAGGUGACAGGGCGGGUAGUGUUAAAAGAAAAACACCAGAAGCCACGCCCAAUGAACUCAAAGAGAAAUCCAAACUUAUUGAAACGGAGAAAACGGAAACUGGAAGUGUGAAAUGGAGUGUAUACAAGCAUUACUUGAUGAGUGUGGGUGUACUGGCGUCCGUGGUAACUGUGCUGAUGAAUUUGAUACUGCAAGUCUUCCAGGUCGGCUCUAACUACUGGCUAGCGGAAUGGUCUAACGACCAAUCUAUGAUGGUUAACGGCACUGUGGAUAGAGCUCGACGGGAUCUCUAUCUCGGCGUUUACGGCGGUUUGGGUAUCGGACAAGUGGUAUCGGUGUCGGUGUCGUCGCUGGCGCUGUAUCUGGGCGCGCUGGCGGCGGCGCGAGCGCUGCACGCGGCGCUGCUGGCCGGUGUGCUGCGCGCGCCCACCAUCGGCUUCUUCGACUGCACGCCCGUCGGACGAGUGCUCAACCGGUUCAGCAAGGACGUGGACGUGCUCGACAAUGUCCUCCCGAUGACGCUGCGCGGCUGGACUUCCUGCUUCUUUGCGGUACUCGGGACGUUGUUCGUGAUAAGUCUGUCGACUCCAAUCUUCUUGGCGGUAAUUUUGCCCAUUGGUGUCGUGUACUACGUCAUCCAGAGGUUUUACGUGGCGACAUCGCGACAACUGAAGCGAUUAGAGUCGGUCUCUAGGUCACCGAUAUAUUCUCACUUUGGAGAGAGUAUUACUGGAGCGUCCACUAUCAGAGCAUAUGGUGUUACUCAAAGGUUCGUUGAAGAAUCUGAACGUGGUGUUGAUCACAAUCAGACGUGUUACUAUCCCAGUUGUAUCGCGAAUCGAUGGCUGGCAGUCCGCUUGGAGAUGAUCGGGAACCUGAUAAUUUUCUUUUCGGCUUUGUUUGCCGUACUGAACCGGGACACCAUUAACCCUGGCCUCGUCGGACUCUCCGUCAGUUAUGCCUUACAGAUAACACAGACACUAAAUUGGUUAGUAAGAAUGACUUCGGAGGUUGAAACGAAUAUAGUAGCAGUUGAGAGAAUAAAGGAAUACGCUGAGACACAACAGGAGGCGCAAUGGAAUCUACCGAACGGUCCGGGCUCUACUUGGCCGGAGACGGGCGCGCUCCAACUGGAGCAGUUAACGCUCGGUUACCGCACGGGUGAGCCGGCCCUCCGUGACAUUACGUGCACGGUCGCGCCGCGCGAUAAACUCGGCAUCGUCGGACGGACCGGCGCCGGCAAGUCUACCCUCACGCUCGGCCUGUUCAGGAUCGUCGAAGCGAUGGGUGGCAAGAUAUUGAUCGACGGGAUCGAUAUCGCGACAAUUGGACUUCACCAGUUGCGUUCGCGCAUCACCAUCAUCCCUCAGGACCCUGUAUUGUUCUCGGGCACGCUGCGAAUGAAUCUUGAUCCCUUCGAAGCGUACACAGACGAAGAGCUCUGGCGAUCGCUAGAGCAUGCACAUCUUAAGAACUUCGUCAAAGGGCUGCAAGCGGGUUUGAGGCACGAGAUAUCGGAAGGAGGCGAGAAUUUGUCUGUGGGACAGAGACAACUAGUAUGUCUCGCUCGCGCACUGCUUCGCAAGACUCCACUACUCGUGCUCGACGAAGCCACCGCCGCCGUCGAUCUCGAGACCGAUGAACUUAUACAGAAAACCAUCCGUUCCGAAUUCGCAUCGUGCACAGUACUUACUAUCGCUCACCGUUUGAACACAAUAAUGGACUCUACCCGAGUGAUGGUUCUGGAUAAGGGUCACCUGGUAGAGUACGCGCCACCAGAACAGCUGCUGCAAGACAAGAACAGCAUCUUUUACGGCAUGGCCAAGGACGCGGGCCUCGUCAACUAA